AUGCUCUCUAGAAUUUUUCUGGUGUUGAUUUUGAGUGCUUAUACAUUUGCGCUUCACGUUUACCUGAGUAAUGGCGACGUGAAGUGCUUUUAUGAGCAUCUAGAGCCCAAAAACCUUCUUUGGGCUAAAUUCGAGACUGCGCUUGUCUCCGAUAAGAUUGUUUCCAACCCAGGUGUGGAGUUCAAUUUGAAUGUCACUGUGGAUGAAACUUUCGACAAUGGUCAUACCGCUUUGCGGCAGCGACUGACGUUCGUAGAUGAAAUUGUGUUCACCGCGCUUGAAAGCGGUGAGCACCGUAUUUGUUUGCGUUCUUCUAUACCAAACCCCGAUUACAAGCUAUGGGUCAAGCUGAAUUUCGACAUUUCUACGUUGCGCCUGCCUGAGGUGGAAAAUGCACAAAAAGCGAUAGAUGCAAGAGAUCGGGUUGGACGUUUGAUAACCCGUCUGGAAUCGUUGCGGAACAACCAGAGAGCAAUCAAAGCUAGCGAGAAAGCUGCCGAAGAUUACAGCAAUUUUGUGCAUUCCCGAGUGUUGUUUUGUUCGCUUCUUCAGUUUGCCGUUCUGACCAUCUCAUUUGCUGUGCAGUUUAGGGUACUAAAAAAGUUUUCCUGGCAUCGACACUAG